AUGGCAAAUGUUAAACGACCAUUACCAACUCCCAGUGCCACCGAGCGCGAUCGCAACUACGGCUUCCCACCCGAAUCUUUUGACUACACUAGGCUUCCCGAUAUCGAUCGUCGGUUUCUCCCUGCCGAACACCUUGCGGCUUUUGCUCAAGCUCUAUCUGCGCCUGACCCGACACCCUCCACCGACGAUGUCUUGACCUCAAGCGUGCGCAGCCCAAGCCUGGUUGGCGCUGAGUACACACGUUCGGGCUCUGCCCCUUCUAUCGAUACCUCGGGAUUACCUGAGGCUGCCACUCACACCAAUGGCGCCCAGAGUAACUUGUUCAUUACCGCACAGAAUGAUUGGGCACCCGUGAAUGAAAAAAUAAAACACGGUCGACGCAGGAAGAGGAAGAAGUUCAAUAUUGGCAGCCGGACUAUCGACGAGACUCGCGAAGGGUAUUUGUAUGGCCUAUUAAAAUGGCCCUUCCUUUUCUCUGUCGUGCUGUGGAUCAUCGGACUAGGGGCUGCCUACCUCGCAACCAGAUUCUAUAUCUUUCUUUACGAACAUUACGUCGCCUGGACUGGAAGAAGGGAGAGGCUGAGGCGAGCCUUGCGCUCUGCAAGCAGUUAUCGUGACUGGGUUCGCGCGGCAAAGGAACUAGAUGCCUAUUUAGGAAAUGAGAGGUGGAAGGAGGAGAAUGAUUACGCAUACUACGAUUCUAAGACUAUUCGCCGGGUUUACGAACAGACCCGUAAAUAUCGCGGCGCCGCCGAAAAGGAAGAAGCGCAAGGUGGAAGCAGGAAGGAUCUCGAGAACCUCAAGGCUUUAACUGAGGCUUGCGUCAAGAACAACUUUGUGGGUGUAGAAAACCCUAGACUCUACAGCCAGACAUACUACGGAACGAAGAAUCUGGUGCAGCGUUUUAUAGAUGAAGUUGAGAAAAGUACGCGGUUUUUGAUGAAUUCACACCAAUUAUCUCUAGACGAAAAGCAUAGUCUCUUCAAGAGAAUGCACGCAAACUUUGGCCGAACUGCAUUGUGUCUCUCUGGAGGAGCUUCAUUCGCAUACUAUCACUUUGGAGUCGUCAAGGCGCUACUUGAAGCAGACCUUCUUCCUGACGUUAUUACCGGUACAAGUGGAGGGGCUCUUGUUGCUGCUCUCGUUGCGACUCGGACGAACGAGGAACUCAAGCAAUUGCUCGUACCGGCCCUUGCUCACAAUAUCCAAGCCUGCUCUGAACCUAUCACUAAAUGGUUUCCAAGGUGGUGGAAGACUGGAGCAAGGUUCGAUUCCGUCGACUGGGCACGCCAGGCUAGCUGGUGGUCCCGCGGUUCUAUGACAUUUAGAGAGGCAUAUGAAAGAACUGGGCGAAUUCUCAAUGUUUCAUGCGUUCCGGCCGAUCCUCAUUCGCCCACUAUCCUUUGCAAUUACCUAACGUCACCAGAUUGCGUAAUCUGGUCUGCCGUUCUGGCAAGCGCUGCUGUGCCCGGUAUUCUAAAUCCUGUCGUGCUGAUGAUGAAGACUCUAGAUGGCUCUCUAGUUCCAUAUUCUUUCGGCCACAAGUGGAAAGAUGGAAGCUUAAGGACAGAUAUUCCAAUCAAGGCUUUAAAUCUUCAUUUCAAUGUCAACUUCACUAUUGUUAGCCAAGUGAACCCACACAUAUCAUUAUUCUUCUUCUCGUCGAGAGGUACGGUCGGCUCCCCAGUUACUCAUCGGAAGGGUCGUGGUUGGCGGGGCGGAUUUCUUGGUUCUGCCACAGAGCAAUUCAUCAAGUUGGACCUUAAUAAGUGGUUGAAGGUGCUGAAGCACCUAGAGUUAUUACCUCGCCCGCUCGGACAGGACUGGUCCCAGUUGUGGUUGCAGCAGUUUAGUGGUACCAUAACGAUCUGGCCACAGGCGCAGUUGUCCGACGUUUGGAAGAUUCUGUCAGACCCCGACCCAAAUCGACUUGCACGUAUGUUGCACGAAGGACAACAGAGCGUAUUCCCAAAACUCAAAUUUAUCGCGAAUAGACUGAAGAUAGAGCGUCUAAUAGAAGAAGGGAGGCGCGAGACUCGACCAGCCGUUAGGCGAGGCAGCAUCGAGAGUAUCAUCAGCGAGGAUGAAAUGCAUAAUCUCUUGCGCGCGAACAAUGUUACUGACGAGGAGACGACGGAGGGAGAAAUUGACGAAGCUGUCAUUGAUGGCGGUUUCGAUGACGUGAUUGAGAGCAUUGAAAAGGAGUAA